GCCAGCGGGCGCGGGCGGGCAGGACGGGCGCCCCGCGGCCGGACCCAGCCAGGGCACCACGCUGCCCGGCCCUGCGGCUGCCACUUCCAUCCUGAGCUCCCGGGGACGAAACGAAGUCCCCCAUUGCGGCUCCUCCUCGAUCUGCGUUGGACCUCCUUAUUUUCCUUUCCUUUUUCUUUUCUCUUUUUUUUUCUUUUGAUUUUAUUUUUUUCUUUCUCACUUUUGAAUGAACUGGCUUCUGGGGUCGGAUGUUUCAACUUCUCUCCUGGUUGUGAACUUUUCUCCGAUUGUUUCUUUUGACAACCGCGGACGAAAGUGUUCAGGGGUUCCAGGAGAGCCGUGAAGUUGCGUGUGCGUGGCAGGGUGCGUGGGAGUGAGCGCUUGCGCCUGUAACUCGAGCCUCCUGGUCUGCGGCGCUUCCUCCCCGGCCCGCUCCACCUGCUGCGGUUACACGGUGCUCGCUCGCUCGUGGGUAUUUGUGCGCCCCAGCCAGCCAGCGCCGGGCGACGUUGGAGGAAGAUCAUCUUGCUACUGCCAGAGUCUGAGCUGACUCACUCAACCAAUGUAGACAGUGGCUGGCUUCCGAAGGGUGCGCGUCUGCCUGUGUGACCCAACCAACUUCGGCUCAACUCCCACCAAACCACAGGAUCAGCCACAAACUUAACCAACGUUCCCAAACCCGAGUCCUCUGAUGUGGGAAGCUCCAGCUUGAGCGUCAUCGAGUUUGUCUUUUUCCCCCUCCCGAUUAGAUAGAUUUUUUUGUAAAACUAAAUUUUCUGCACUGACCAUUUGUCCAGAAUUUAUUGAGAGAAUAACGACAAGUGAUUCCACCCCAGCCUAUCAACUACUGAAGCUGAUUUUCAAGGCUACUUUAAAAAAAAAGACUUCAGCGAACAUUAAUGGAUUUCUGUUGUGUUUAAAUUCUCUACAGAUUGAAUUGUAAAUAUUUUAUGAAGUAGAUCAUAUGUAUAUAUUUAUAUAUACGAGCACAUACAUUACUAGCACAAUCUUUUAAUGUUGCAGCUCCUGCUUUUGAGAACCGAAGUGAGUUUUUUACGAUAAGAGGGUCUCCCUGUAUAGAAGACACUCUUAAGUUUUGUAUUUUGUUGGGACUUUAAACAAAACUGACCUGCGAGAAAGAAAAGCAAAUUGACAGGCAAUUACCUGCUGGGACUUGCAAAUCUGGUUUUUGCUGGUCAUUUUGUUGUUAUUGUUGUUUUCUGCGCAUAAAUAUUUUAAGACGUGUUCGGGAAUUUUGCCUCCGGGACCGUUUGUAAUAGCCAAAGACUUAACUUCAACUCUGAAAGCGAGGCUUCUUUGGGCAUCCGUCUUUGGAUUCUGGUUGUCCACUCCUUAAUGCACUAAUCGGCCAGUUGUUAGCCCUGAUUGGGUGAGGCCGAUCCUACUAACUAGAACUCAGUCUGGGACUCUUGGUAAUUUAGUCUCCCUCCUCCCCCACCACACUCCGGUAGUAAUAAAGGUUCCUGAACUUGUAUGUUGAUCUCCCGGGAGCUACUUGAAGAAGAUCCGAUCCCGUGUUGCCGCCUAGUAGGAGCUGUUUUCAGGGUCCUUACUCAAUCGGCUUGUUGUGAUGCGUAUCCCCGUAGAUGCCAGCACGAGCCGCCGCUUCACGCCGCCUUCCACCGCGCUGAGCCCCGGCAAGAUGAGCGAGGCGCUGCCGCUGGGCGCCCCGGACGGCGGCGCCGCCCUGGCCAGCAAACUGAGGAGCGGCGACCGCAGCAUGGUAGAGGUACUAGCUGACCACCCGGGAGAGCUGGUGCGCACCGACAGCCCCAACUUCCUCUGUUCCGUGCUACCCACUCACUGGCGCUGCAACAAGACCCUGCCUAUCGCUUUCAAGGUGGUAGCGCUGGGGGACGUUCCAGAUGGCACUCUGGUCACCGUCAUGGCAGGCAACGAUGAAAACUACUCGGCGGAGCUGAGAAACGCUACGGCAGCCAUGAAGAACCAAGUGGCAAGAUUCAACGACCUCCGGUUUGUUGGUCGGAGUGGUAGAGGCAAGAGCUUCACCCUCACCAUCACUGUCUUCACAAACCCACCGCAAGUCGCUACUUACCACAGAGCCAUCAAAAUCACGGUGGACGGCCCGCGAGAACCCCGAAAUGCGAGGCAGAUCCAGCCAUCCCCACCGUGGUCCUAUGAUCAGUCUUACCAGUACCUGGGAUCCAUCACCUCCUCUUCCGUGCACCCGGCAACACCCAUCUCACCUGGCCGUGCCAGCGGCAUGACAAGCCUCUCUGCGGAACUCUCCAGUCGACUUUCAACGGCCCCGGACCUGACAGCCUUCGGCGACCCGCGCCAGUUCCCCACGCUGCCGUCCAUCUCCGACCCGCGCAUGCACUACCCUGGCGCCUUCACCUACUCGCCGCCCGUCACAUCGGGCAUUGGCAUCGGCAUGUCAGCCAUGAGCUCUGCCUCUCGCUACCACACCUACCUGCCGCCGCCCUACCCAGGCUCGUCGCAGGCCCAGGCAGGGCCCUUCCAGACCAGCUCGCCCUCCUACCACCUGUACUACGGCACCUCCGCCGGCUCCUACCAGUUCUCCAUGGUGGGCGGCGAGCGCUCGCCCCCGCGCAUCCUGCCGCCCUGCACCAACGCGUCCACGGGCGCCGCGCUGCUCAACCCCAGCCUCCCCAGCCAGAGCGACGUGGUGGAGACCGAGGGCAGCCACAGCAACUCGCCCACCAACAUGCCACCCGCGCGCCUGGAGGAGGCGGUGUGGCGGCCCUACUGAACGCCUUCGAGGGACUGAGCCCGGCUGCACCUGCCGUCCACGCACAGACCCCCACCAGGAGGGCCCUUGGAGGCCAACAGGAAGAUUCCCGGAGGGAAACUGUGAAUGCUUCUGAUUUAGCAAUGCUGUGAAUAAAAAGAAAGAUUUUA